GCGGCUCAGAGCCUGGGGCCUUCGCAUAGCCAGGGCGCGCGGUAGGGCCGAGAGGACAGAGCCCUGCGCAGAGCGAGGUGCACCGCGACCGAGGCGGAGACCGAAGUGGGGAGCUCCAGGCGCCGAUCCUCGUGUGGCCCGUCGCCCCUCUCCCGGAGGCGUCCCAGGGCGCUCCGUGUCUCCGCAUCAGCCACCCCGGCGGAGUGCGCGGUGCCUCCAGCUCUCCGCUAGAAGAAAAACUUCCCGCGCUCCGGCAGAACUGCAGCGCCUCCUCUCUAGUGACUCCGGGAGCCCCAUCUGCGGCUGGCUCUGCGCGCACUUUCCAAGAAUCAUAGUAACUGUUAAUUUUAACAAUCCCGAGGCAGGCCAGCGAGGCUCUGAGCUCCGGACCCGAACAAUAGCCCCUUCGCUCAGUGCGCGGCGGCGCGCGGUGCCUCCCGGGACUCGGGUGCCGCGAGCGGUCCCCGCGGGGUUCGGAAGGCGCACGGAAGGAGGCGACAUGGGGAACACGGCGCGACGGUCUCGCGGCUCGCAGCCUGCGCCCGUGCUGCUGCGGCUGCUGCUCGCCGCGGCCUCCGCGCUGCUGGUCGUGCCGGGCGUGCGCGGGCGCCCCACCGAGGAGGACGAGGAGCUGGUGCUGCUGGCACCGGAGCGCGACCCAGGACACAGGACCACGCACCUCCGCCUGGACGCCUUCGGCCGGCAGCUGCUGCUGGAGCUGCAGCCGGACCGCGGCUUCCUGGCUCCCGGCUUCACGCUCCAGACGGUGGGGCGCAGACCCGGGCCCGACGCGUCGCGUUCUGAUCCCGUUGGCGACCUGGCGCACUGCUUCUACUCUGGCACGGUGAACGGCGACCCCAGCUCCGCCGCCGCUCUCAGCCUCUGCGAGGGCGUGCGCGGCGCCUUCUACCUGCAGGGCGAGGAGUACUUCAUCCAGCCCGCGCCCGCCGCCGCAGCCGGGGAGGAGCCUCCGGCGCGGCCCCAGUUCCAUCUCUUGCGGCGGAGGCGGCGGGGCGGCGGCGGCGGCGCCAGGUGCGGGGUCCUGGACGACGAGACGCAGCUCGCAGGGGGAGCGGGGUCGGAGGGCGAGCACGCCACGGCGCAGGGGCCGCUGCGGGACCGAGCGACACAGCGCACAGGACAGCCAACAGGAACUAGAAGCCUAAGAAAGAAGCGAUUUGUGUCCAGCCCCCGCUACGUGGAAACUAUGCUCGUGGCUGACCAGUCCAUGGCAGAGUUCCACGGCAGUGGGCUAAAGCACUACCUUCUCACCUUGUUCUCGGUGGCGGCCCGGUUAUACAAACACCCCAGCAUUCGGAAUUCAGUUAGCCUGGUGGUAGUGAAGAUCCUGGUCAUCUAUGAGGAACAGAAGGGGCCAGAAGUGACUUCCAACGCUGCCCUCACUCUGCGGAACUUCUGCAACUGGCAAAAGCAACACAACCCGCCCAGUGACCGGGACGCAGAGCACUAUGACACUGCCAUUCUUUUCACCAGACAGGACCUGUGUGGCGCCCAGACAUGUGAUACUCUUGGGAUGGCAGAUGUUGGAACUGUAUGUGAUCCCAGCAGAAGCUGCUCGGUCAUAGAGGAUGAUGGCUUACAAGCUGCCUUCACCACAGCCCACGAAUUAGGCCAUGUGUUUAACAUGCCACAUGAUGAUGCAAAGCAAUGUGCCAGCAUUAAUGGUGUCAACCGGGAUUCCCACAUGAUGGCGUCAAUGCUUUCCAAUUUGGACCGCAGCCAGCCCUGGUCUCCUUGCAGUGCUUACAUGAUUACAUCAUUUCUGGAUAAUGGUCAUGGUGAAUGUUUGAUGGACAAGCCCCAGAGUCCCAUACAGCUCCCCUCUGAUCUCCCCGGGACCUUGUACGAUGCCAACCGGCAGUGCCAGUUUACAUUUGGGGAGGAGUCCAAACACUGCCCGGACGCGGCCAGCACGUGCACGACGCUCUGGUGCACGGGCACCUCUGGCGGAUUGCUGGUGUGCCAGACCAAACACUUCCCCUGGGCCGACGGCACCAGCUGCGGAGAAGGGAAAUGGUGUGUCAACGGCAAGUGCGUGAACAAGACUGACAAGAAGCAUUUUGAUACUCCUGUUCACGGAAGCUGGGGGCCGUGGGGGCCCUGGGGAGACUGUUCAAGAACGUGCGGUGGAGGAGUUCAGUAUACGAUGAGGGAGUGCGACAACCCGGUCCCGAAGAACGGAGGGAAGUACUGCGAGGGCAAGCGCGUGCGCUACAGGUCCUGCAAUAUUGAGGACUGUCCGGAGAAUAAUGGAAAAACCUUUAGAGAGGAACAGUGUGAGGCACACAAUGAAUUCUCCAAAGCUUCCUUUGGGAGCGGGCCCGCGGUGGAGUGGACACCCAAGUACGCAGGAGUCUCACCCAAGGACAGGUGCAAGCUCAUCUGUCAAGCCAAAGGCAUUGGCUACUUCUUCGUUUUGCAGCCCAAGGUGGUAGAUGGCACUCCAUGUAGCCCAGAUUCCACCUCUGUCUGCGUGCAAGGACAAUGUGUAAAAGCUGGUUGUGAUCGCAUCAUAGACUCCAAAAAGAAGUUCGAUAAAUGUGGCAUUUGUGGAGGAAAUGGAUCUACAUGCAAGAAAAUAUCAGGAUCAGUUACUAGUGCAAAACCUGGCUACCACGAUAUCGUCACAAUUCCAACCGGAGCCACAAACAUUGAAGUGAAACAACGGAAUCAGAGGGGAUCCAGAAAUAAUGGAAGCUACCUUGCCAUCAAAGCUGCCGAUGGCACAUAUAUCCUGAAUGGCGACUUCACUUUGUCCACUUUAGAGCAAGACAUCACGUACAAAGGUAGUGUCUUGAGAUACAGUGGCUCCUCGGCAGCGUUGGAAAGAAUUAGAAGCUUUAGCCCUCUCAAGGAGCCCUUAACCAUCCAAGUCCUGACAGUGGGCAAUGCCCUUCGACCGAAAAUUAAAUACACCUAUUUCGUGAAGAAGAAGAAGGAAUCUUUCAACGCCAUCCCUACUUUCUCCGAAUGGGUCAUUGAAGAGUGGGGCGAAUGUUCCAAGUCAUGUGGACAGGGUGUGCAGAGAAGGCUGGUGGAGUGCCGAGACAUCAACGGGCAGCCCGCCUCAGAGUGCGCAAAGGAAGUGAAGCCAGCCAGCACCAGACCUUGUGCGGACCUGCCUUGCCCCCUCUGGCAGCUGGGGGAUUGGUCGCCAUGUUCCAAGACUUGCGGGAAGGGUUACAAAAAGAGAACCUUGCAGUGUCUGUCCCACGAUGGGGGUGUGUUGUCUCACGAGAGCUGCGAUCCUUUAAAGAAACCUAAACAUUACAUAGACUUUUGCACAAUGGCAGAAUGCAGUUAAGGAGGGGCGGUGUUGAGGGAAAAGGGCAGUGGGGAAGGGCUGAUGCACUGAAAUCAAGAAGGCUGGAGGAAUCCAGUGCACCUUGCCGGUGAUCAAUGAGGUGUGCUGAUGAGUUGGGAGGUACAGGUAGGUAGAAAAGAAGUUAGAUCAUCAGAAUUUCCUGCCAGUUACAAAAUUGAUAGGGUAGUUUAUGAGGAUCAUUAAUAGCUGACCAAAAAGAUAGCAUGAGAAAGCCCCAGGGCGUUAUUAUUUCUUUUGUUAAGUCUGUGACAAGUUUUUACAAAAAUAGAAACAAUUGUCAAAGUAGGUUUAAGAAAUAUUACAAUCCCUGUUUCCUGGUACUGAUGAAAUACUUUGUAUCAUGGAGGUUGGGAAAUGAAAAGCAGGAGGAAGAUGAGAUUUUUGGUUUAAGAUGUGGCUUACUUUACCUCACUACCUAUGGAGGGAGAAAGGAAUACACGUAGGAUCUUUGGCCAUCACUGUUCCUGACUGCUGUGGUUUCAGAGAAUGUUUAUGCCAUCUCUUCUACUGAGAGUUAAGAAUUCAGGACUGUCCAGCAUGAGAAAUGCUUAGCACCGUCCAGUGACUCAAAUGACUCCAUCUUUCCUCUCUUGUGCCGUUAUUGUGUCUUUAUUUGUGAAUUCAUUUUGACGAAGAAACAAUUCCACGUAUUUGUAAAAACAGCAUUAAGUCUACAAGGGGAAGAAAAGCAGUGAUGUAUCAGAUGCUGGUAAAAGCUAGGGGAGGCCCGUUGGUCUGGGUACCUCCUACAUUUCUUUCCUCCUGAUGUAAGCCUAAUUAAGGAAUGUGGAUGUGAAAAAAAAAAAAAAAAAAAAACAACAGUUUGUGUCUGAAGAAAGUCAGUAAGAUCACACAAAAAGAAUGUAAUGCCAGAACAAGAAUGGGGUGUGUACAACAGGGUCCCCAGUGUUUGGGGACAUUGCGAUCACACGUCUCACGGUGGGGAGGCUACUGAGGGGUAGCGGGUCCAUCCCCAGCAGCUGGUCCAACAGUCAUAUCCUGGUGAAUGUCUGUUCAGCUCUUCUACUAUGAAAGAGAAUGACUUUUUUCCAUAUGUAUAUAGUAAAAUAUGUUACUAUAAAUUCUAUGUACUUUAUAAGUAUUGGUUUGUGUGUUCCUUCUAAGAAGGACUAUAGUUUGUAAUAAAUGCCUAUAAUAACAUAUUUAUUUUUAUACAUUUCUUUCUAAUGAUAAAACUUUUAAAUUAUAUCGCUUUUGUAAAAGGUCAUAUAAAAAUAGAGUAUUUAUACAAUAUAUGUUACUAGAAAUAAUAAAAGGACACUUUUUGAA